AUGGUGUGGUCGCCCGAUACGCCAUCGAGCAGUUCCAACGAGCAGCAACGCCGAGCUGGUGCUGUCCAGCGUGCCGGGAUCGACGUACUGAUCGUGCCCAACCAGCUCCAGGCCAACGACCGCAGCGACGACCUCCGCUCUGGCGGCGCGGCGUGGGAGCAGCCCGUGCUGGUGGUCUCGUCGGGUACCUUCGGGGGGCUCACCGGCGAAUCGCGGCUCGACGAGGCCACCAUGCUGCGGUUCCGCGAGGAGGCCGCCCUGCUGGCCUAG